GAAAUCGAUUAUCUUCUUCGUUAGGAGCGGAGAAAAUGGCGGAUUUAAGUGUAAAUAACGGUUGGGUCGACGAUUAUAGAAAAUUCUUGUUUAUUUACGAUAAGAUUCGCAAAUGUUGAAAUUAAUUGUAAUAAGAUCGUUUCUUUUUUUCAAAUAUAUUAGUUUUAUGCAUUUAUUUUAAAGGCGUGGCUUCCUUUGUCUGAUUUUUCAAGAAAGAAAUUUUUCUAAAGAAAUUUGAGUAGUGAAAAAAACUUUAUAAAUAUGCCAAAAAGGAGAAGAACUCAUGGAAAUGAUGAAGGAAAGGAUCAAGAAGAACUUGUAAAGAAAAGACGUCGCAUGCAGUUUGAUGUGGAUCAUCAUGGAGAUGGUAAUGAAGAAGAUAACCCAUAUGAAGAAUUAUUCACAGCAGUGAUGACAGCUACCGAUAAUGAGGGAAGAUCUUUAAGCACUAUGUUUCAGCUGUUGCCAUCUAAAGUGACAGUCGAUGGAAAGGAUUCUCAAAUGGAUCAUCUCACCUCCUGUAAGAAAGUUGGAAGAUCAAAAAGACAACAGAAAAGCAGAUACCCAGAAUAUUAUAAAGUUAUUCAUGAUCCAAUAGAUUUAAAAAUGAUUGCCACAAAAAUUCAAAAUAAUAGCUAUCAAACAUUAACAGAAUUUGAAAGGGAUUUGCUAUUAAUGGUGAAAAAUGCAAAAACUUUCAAUGAGCCAGGAUCACAAAUUUAUAAAGAUGCUGCUGCCUUAAGGAAAGUAAUAAUCAAUAAGAAAACAGAGAUUGAUCAAAGAAGAUCUUUACCUGCAAAAAUUAGUGAGAGGAUAAGAGCUAGAAGAAUGGCAAGUGGCCAGAAAUGGUCUGCAAUUACAGCUGCAUUGCAAUAUGAAUCUGAUUUUGAUGAUAGAGGAAGCAACACUCCCUCUUACAGUUCUACUGGAAUUGAAAAUAUGGUUGAGGAAAGUAAUGAAGCACAAGAUGAAGGAAAUGAAUCAGGGCCAGAUGAUGCAGAUACAAAUCCUCAAUGGCAGUUAUAUGAAACUGUAAAAAAUUACCAGAAAUCACCAAGUCAUUUGUUAUCUGAGCCCUUUCAACGGUUACCUUCAAGAAGAUCUUAUCCAGACUACUAUAAAGAAAUUAAACAGCCUAUAUCUUUAUUUAAGAUUCGGACUAAAAUUAAGACGGGACAAUACAAUAGUACUAUGGAUGUAGUAGAUGACAUGAACUUAAUGUUUGAAAAUGCUAGGAAAUAUAACAGACCUGAAUCUAAGAUCUAUAAGGAUGCUGUGAAGCUCCAAAAAAUUAUGCAGUCCAAAGCCAGGGAGCUGAUUAACUUGCACAUGAAGGAUUCAGAUAGUGAUGAUGAUGAUGAACGUACACCAAAACGUAAAGGAAAAAAAGGUCUAUUUGGUAGUCUCUGGGGUGAUACGAAAAGAAGAAGAACUUUUGACUUUGAAUUUUCAAUGAAGAAACGAAUGAAAUAUCUAUAUAAGAGUCUUAUUGAUUAUACUGAUGAAUCAGGAAGGCCAUUAAUUACAAUGUUUAUGGAGAAGCCAUCUAAAAAAGAUUAUCCUGAUUAUUAUGAAAUUAUAACUAAUCCUAUUGACAUGAAAACAAUUGAAACUAAUAUUAAAUUAGAUAAAUAUCUUUCAGAAGAAUCACUUAUAUUGGAUUUUAAGUUAAUGUUCAAUAACUGUCGCCAAUAUAAUGAAGAGGGUUCUCAAAUUUAUCGUGAUGCUGAAACAUUAGAAAGAAUAUUACUGGAAAGAAUAAGAGAUUUGGGCCCUUUAAGUGAAAUUCAUAAAUCAGCUAGAAUCUCAGGAAAGAGAACAGUAACGGAGCUAGCAAGAGAAGAUUUGUAUGUAAAAAAGAGCAGAAAUACGUAUUUGAAACAAAAAUUGAAAACACUUUAUGACACCAUUAGAGAAUAUACUGAUAACAAAAAUCGUAAACUGUCAACAAUCUUUAUGAAACUACCAUCUAAAACUGAGUAUCCUGAUUAUUAUGAAGUAAUCAAAAGACCUUUGGAUAUGGACAGAAUAGGAAAUAGAAUGAAAACUGGGCAGUAUGACAGUUUAGAAGAUAUGCUAUCUGAUUUUGUUCUGAUGUUUGAUAAUGCCUGUAAAUAUAAUGAGCCAGAUUCACAAAUAUAUAAGGUAAAAAACAAGAUUUCAAUUCAGGAUGAAGAAGGACGUUGUUAUAGUGAUUCAUUAGUAGAAUUAUCUGAAACAGAUACCUCUUCUGAUCCUCAAUGCCCUAUGAAGAAACCUUUAAGUCUUGAUAUAAUAAAAAGGAGACUUGAUAAAGGACGUUACAAGCGACUAGAUACUUUUCAAGAUGAUGUUUUUGAAGUUUUUGAACAUGCUCGAAAUGUCAGCAGAACAGAUUCCCAAGUGUUUGAAGAUUCAAUUGAAUUACAGUCAUAUUUUAUUAGAAUGAGAGAUGAAUUAUGUCGAUUUGGUGAAGUUUUACAAUCACCUGCUUUGAAAUAUAGAGAGUGCCAUUUACAAUCUAGUGUUGAAGCAUUAAAAGCUGAAAAACUUCCUUGUGAACAACAAGAAGCAGAGUUGGAACCUAAACAAGAAAAGGAUGAAAGCACAGAAAUUUCCACAGCAGAUAGUAUGACUUUUAAAGGAAUGACUUAUUACAUUGGUGAUUUUGUAUAUAUAGAACCUAGAGAAAAAGGGAUGGAACCACACAUAAUGCAUAUAGAAAAGCUUUGGAGGGAUAAUCAAGGUGAACAAUGGAUAUAUGGGUGUUGGUUUUAUAGACCAAAUGAAACAUUCCAUUUGGCUACAAGAAAGUUUCUCCAAAAGGAACUUUUUAAAAGUGAUAAUCACAAUAGCGCACCUCUUUCUCAAGUAAUGGGAAAAUGUUAUGUGAUGUUCGUUAAAGAUUAUUUUAAAUAUAGACCAGAAGGUUGUGAUGACAAAGACAUUUAUGUAUGUGAAUCACGUUAUUCUGCAAAAGCCAAAGCAUUUAAAAAAAUCAAGGUAUGGGGUUUUACACCCAAUAAUUAUGUAUCUAUAGUUGUCAGAGAAGAACCACUAAAUCCUAUAAGAGUGCCAUCAGUUUUUAAAGAUGGUGUAGAAAAACCAAAAGAUGAAGGUUCUGAUAUAGAUGAUAAUGAUUUAGUCAUUGUUGAAAAACCUAGACCUAAUAUCAUCUGUGAAGUACAAAAUCCUGAGGAUGGUGCCGUCUAUUAUGAACAAUACAGCAUUCCUGCAGGGACAUUUAAACUUGGUGAUUAUUGUUAUGUCCGAACUGAACAUAUAAAAAGUUUGAUUGGAAGGAUAGAUAGGAUGUGGGUGAAUAAAGAAGGUGUUGCUUUCUUUCAUGGACCGUGGUUUAUUACUCCACAAGAAGUACAUCACCCACCUACAAGACUUUUCUAUAAACAAGAAGUGUUUCUGAGUUCCAUUGAAGAUACUAAUCCAUUACUAAGUGUCAUUGCUCGUUGUGCUGUAUUAGAUUUAAAAGACUACAUCACUCGACGAGUUACUGAAAUUCCAGAGCAAGAUGUAUACAUUUGUGAAUCUCGUUAUUUGGAAGCAGAAAGACAAAUCAGAAAACUCCCGAAAGGUUUAAAGGUUUGUAAAUUGCUAAAAAAAUUUUAUAAAAUUCUUUUUACAGGUGAUUAUUGUUAUGUCCGAACUGAACAUAUAAAAAGUUUGAUUGGAAGGAUAGAUAGGAUGUGGGUGAAUAAAGAAGGUGUUGCUUUCUUUCAUGGACCGUGGUUUAUUACUCCACAAGAAGUACAUCACCCACCUACAAGACUUUUCUAUAAACAAGAAGUGUUUCUGAGUUCCAUUGAAGAUACUAAUCCAUUACUAAGUGUCAUUGCUCGUUGUGCUGUAUUAGAUUUAAAAGACUACAUCACUCGACGAGUUACUGAAAUUCCAGAGCAAGAUGUAUACAUUUGUGAAUCUCGUUAUUUGGAAGCAGAAAGACAAAUCAGAAAACUCCCGAAAGGUUUAAAGAAAUUUAAUCUUAGUCAUGGUGUGACAGAUGAUGAAUAUUAUUAUUUUAGAAAGCCAGUUAAUCCACAAAAGGAACUGUCACCACUAAUGCCAAAGAUGAACAGUGAGACUGACAAUGAAGAUUCUAAUGAUCAACCUCCUUCCUGCACCCCAAAGGAUGAACAAGUUUUUGCUACUCCUUCAUCCUCUAAGAAGAAAACAAUGAAGAGACUAGUUACUGGUUAUAUUCUUUUUGCUAGUGAAGUAAGAAAAUCUGUUGUUGCGGCAAAUCCAGAUCGUUCAUUUGGAGAAAUAAGCCGCAUGAUUGGAACCGAAUGGCGAAAUCUUCCUGCUGCCCAAAAAGCUGAAUAUGAAGAUAGAGCACAAAAACAGAAUGAAGAAAAUGCUGCCAAAGAAGGAUUUGAUAGUUUGCCACAUUCCCCAGCUUCUGCCCAUGGUGACAGUGGAAAAGGUGGAAAUCCAGAAAAAGGAGAAAAUAUGGUGUAUGAAUGUCAAUGGGAAGGGUGUGAUUAUCAAUUUGAAGAUCAUCAAGAUCUCAUUGAUCAUCUUAUCACCGAGCCAAAUGGUCAUGUCCAUAUAUCAUAUCAAAAUGCAAAAGAAAAUGAAUUCCAAUGUUUAUGGCAAAACUGUACCCGUAUUAAAAAGAAUGUUCCACCAUUUCCUAAUAUGCAGAGACUAGUCAGGCAUUGCAAAGAGGUUCAUUUAAAAGCUGCUGCUAAAUGUAUUCUUCCUGAUAACAGGAGCAGGAAUUUUGUACCUUCACGUCGCUCUUCUCCUGGUACCUCAGGACCUAAUUCAAAUAUACCUGCUUAUGCACCAGGCAUGUUUCCUGGUCAUCCUUCAAAUUAUCAUCCUGGAAUACCUUAUAAUACUCACGUUACCCAAUCAAACACUGGAAUGACUUUACCUUAUGUAUCUCAAGGCUAUUGCAUUUCUUCUCCAAAUAUUUUUCAUAUCCCAAAUCCUGCUCCCACAUUGCCUUAUCCUACACUUUCCCAUGUACCUUUCCUCUUUACUGUUGCAUCUAAUACUGCUAGAACUGCUUUUUUGUAUAAUAAUCCUAAAGGUAUUGGAACAUGGCAUCGAACUCCAGAUCCUAUAUUUAUUUCCAGUCCACCAAGGGCGCAAAGAUUAUUACAUUCAACAACCUAUAUCAAGUAUAUUGAAGGUUUACAAGCAGAAAAUAAGCAUAUCAGUAAUUGGGAUGCCCAAUUGAAAGCAACUAGAGAAAACACAACUCUGAGUGAUGUCAGUCGUCUUCCCAUUCACUGGUUAGCCAAUGGAGCAGGAAAUCACGGAAAUGUUGUAAAUGCACUGUGGGCAUUAAGAGACUUUAUGCUGAAAGAUGCGUUAAAUAUUUCCAAAAUUUUAUAGUUGUUUAAAUCAUAUCUGUUUAUUUAUAUAUCAAGCCAUCCUUUGUGACUAAUAUUUCCAUUUCAUAUUGCUCUCAAUAUUUGAUGGAAAAUCAAAAACUUUGCUCUGAAAGAAGCAAAUUAUUUCACUUUUUAAAAAAAUCAUCUGAAAAAACUCAUUUCAUACUUGUAUUUUAAUGUCAGAAUCUCAGUUCCUGUUUCUAUACGAAGAAUAAUUAUAAAUUGUAGCAGUUGUGUCAUAUUUCAUUUGUUUAUCUCCAUUUUAUAUGUACAAGACAAAUAAAUUGUUGAUUUGUA